GGACGCUCCCGCCGGAAGUCGAGACGCGCGGCCACCCCGGCUCUUAUCUAAGAUGGCGGCGGUGGUGCUGACUGCAGGUUCUGUGGUGGCCCGACGGCUCCUCUGGGCUUGGCCUGGCCGCCACCUGGUGCGGGGUUCGGCCCCAGCGAACUCGUCCAUACAACUUGGGACAAGCAGAUUCAGAUCCACCAAGGCAGCACCGCAAAUAGUCUUAAAUGUUCCUGAGACUAAAGUGUGUUCUCUGGAAAAUGGGCUGAGAGUAGCUUCUGAAGAUUCUGGACUCUCAACAUGCACAGUUGGUCUUUGGAUUGAUGCUGGAAGCAGGUAUGAAAAUGAGAAGAACAACGGAACGGCUCACUUUCUGGAGCAUAUGGCUUUCAAGGGGACAAAAAAGAGGUCUCAAUUAGACUUGGAACUAGAGAUUGAAAACAUGGGCGCUCAUCUUAAUGCCUACACGUCCAGAGAACAAACUGUGUAUUAUGCAAAGGCUUUCUCAAAGGACUUGCCAAGAGCUGUGGAGAUUCUUGCUGACAUCAUACAGAACAGUACACUGGGGGAAGCAGAGAUCGAGCGGGAGCGAGGAGUUAUCCUUCGAGAGAUGCAGGAAGUUGAAACCAAUUUGCAGGAAGUUGUCUUUGAUUAUCUUCAUGCCACAGCCUAUCAGAACACUACAUUGGGACGGACAAUAUUAGGACCCACAGAAAACAUCAAAUCCAUAAAUCGCAAUGACUUGGUGGAGUACAUAACAACACAUUAUAAAGGACCCAGAAUAGUGCUGGCUGCUGCUGGAGGAGUCUCUCAUGAUGAAUUGCUUGAUUUAGCAAAUUAUCAUUUUGGUAACUUACCAUCGACUCAGGAAGGAGGAAUGCCAGCCCUGCCCCCUUGCAGAUUCACAGGUAGUGAGAUUCGUAUAAGAGAUGACAAGAUGCCUUUGGCACACAUCGCAAUAGCUGUCGAAGCAGUUGGCUGGUCUCACCCAGAUACAAUUCCCCUUAUGGUAGCAAAUACUCUGAUAGGCAAUUGGGAUCGUUCCUUUGGAGGAGGCGUGAACUUAUCCAGCAAGCUUGCCCAAAUCACUUGCCAUGGCAACCUGUGUCAUAGCUUCCAAUCUUUCAACACCUGUUACACUGAUACUGGACUGUGGGGGCUGUACAUGGUUUGUGAACCAUCCACUGUACAGGAUAUGAUGCACUUCGUUCAGAGAGAGUGGAUACGACUCUGCACAAGUGUUACUGAAAGUGAAGUAUCUCGAGCCACGAACCUCUUAAAAACAAAUAUGCUGUUACAGCUUGAUGGGUCCACCCCCAUCUGCGAGGACAUUGGGAGACAGAUGUUGUGUUACAAUCGUAGAAUUCCAAUUCCUGAACUUGAAGCAAGAAUUGAGGCUAUUGAUGCCCAGAGCAUAAGAGAGAUUUGCACAAAGUACAUUUAUGAUAAGUGCCCUGCCAUCGCUGCUGUGGGUCCAAUUGAACAACUUCCAGAUUAUAACAGAAUCCAUAGUGGCAUGUACUGGCUACGUGAUUAAGAACACAUGAUAAAUGUUUUAAUGAAACUACUAGAUUUCUAAAGCAGUUGUCACAAGGCAUAUAGACAAACACAUUUGAUUUCUCUGAACCCCUUGCCCCUCAAGUUCAGUACCAAAAGCCCUACCAUGGGAAAUGGUGUCCAAAAAUUACACAAACGUCACUUAUGGGGAAGUCACCUUGACAGUUAUUCUCAGUCCUUACCCUUUUGUAGUUGGAGAAACUAAUUUCAGAAAGUUAACAUUUAUUCAUGUGAUUUGUCUAAAGAAUAAAAACAUGUACAGUAUUUGCAUUUUAUUAUAAAACAGAACAAAGAUUGUCA